UCCCACAAGAACACGAUGAGGAGCCACACAUUCCUUAGGAUAACUUCACUUUUGGUGUUUAUUGGGUGGCUCACGGUUUGGAUCUUGUUGCCUACAAAGGUUUACAAGAACACCUGGACCCCCAAACUCAAAACCAAGUUAAACUCUACAUACUUUAGAGAGCAAGGAACAAAUCUCUUGCUUUUCACAUUCCCCGUUAUGCUCAUAGGGGCCCUGAGCUGCAUCUAUCUCCAUCUUCACGAAAAAGGAACGGAAAAGCUACCUUCCAAAAGCGGAGGAGUUGUAAACAGAUGGUUAUGUUUCUUGAGACGUCCAUUUCUUGUGAUGUCUCCAAUAGGAAUUGUCACAUCUAUGGAGAUUAUUUUUGCACUCAUGUUUGUCGCACUCUUGAUAUGGUCCCUUUCCAAUUACUUACAUACCAGCUUUGGACACCUCCAUAUGCACAAGGAGGGCGAGAAAGUGUGGCAAGCAAAGUUCAGGAGUGUAUCCCUGAGACUUGGGUACAUAGGAAACAUAUGUUGGGCAUUUCUAUUCUUUCCAGUGACAAGAGGAUCCUCUAUUCUUCCCCUUGUUGGACUCACAUCUGAGUCAAGCAUCAAGUACCAUAUCUGGCUUGGACAUCUAUCCAAUGUUCUCUUUGCUGCGCAUACUGUAGGUUUCUUCAUCUAUUGGGGCAUCACACACCAAAUGAAAGAGACACUAGAGUGGAGCAAGACAUAUGUAUCAAAUGUAGCUGGGGUGAUUGCAAUUUUAAUUGCAUUAGUGAUGUGGGUGACCAGCUUUCCAGGGUUCAGGCGAAAAAUGUAUGAGGUUUUCUUCUACACUCACCAUCUCUACACUCUCUACAUCUUAUUUUAUGCCAUGCACGUCGGCGUUGAAUGGAUGUGCAUGAUUUCUCCGGGGAUUUUCCUUUUUCUCAUUGAUAGACACCUUAGAUUCUUACAAUCUCGCCAAUGUGCUCCGUUGCUAUCAGCUCGCCUUUUACCUUGUGGUGCACUUGAACUCAACUUCUCCAAGAAUCCAAGUUUAUACUAUAACCCCACGAGCAUGGUGUUUAUAAAUGUGCCCAAGAUUUCCAAGCUGCAGUGGCACCCUUUUACAGUCAUUUCAAGUUGUAACAUGGAAACAGAUAUUCUGAGUGUUGCCGUUAAAACUGGGGGUAGCUGGUCAAACAAACUUUAUCAGGAACUUUCCUCAUCUGCUUUGGAUCAUCUCAACGUUUCUGUUGAAGGACCCUAUGGACCAACUACGACUUCACAAUUUUUAAGGUACAAGCAGCUUGUGUUGGUGAGUGGUGGAAGUGGCAUCACUCCCUUCAUAUCCAUAAUCCGGGAUCUCAUAUUUCAAAACCGACAAGAACAAGAAUCCCACGUUCCAAAAGUCCUACUUGUUUGUGCUUUCAAGAAUUCUGCUGAUCUAACCAUGUUAGAUCUUUUGCUUCCUCUUUUUGUUUCAACAACUCAAUUCUCAAACCUUCAUCAAUUGCAAAUCGAGGCCUAUAUUACCAGAGAAAAAGAAGAAGCCCCAAGAGAUUCUCAAAAACAAAUCCAAACCAAAUGGUUUAAGCCUAUCCUCUCAGACUCUCCUAUCUCACUUGUAUUAGGCCCAAACAACUGGCUAUGGCUUGGUGCUAUAAUCUCGUCAUCCUUUCUCAUGUUCCUCCUCCUUUUGGGGAUUAUCACUCGUUACUACAUAUAUCCAAUUGAAAAUAACUCAGAUGAAGUUUAUCAUUGGACCUUUAAGGUUUUGUGGUUCAUGUUUCUACUUUGUGCAGUCAUAUGCAUAUGUUCUAGUGCAGUUUUUCUUUGGUGGAAGAGACAAAACUCCUUGGAAAGUAAGCAAAUCAUGAAUGUAGAAUUUCCAACACCAACAAGGUCACCAGGGUCAUGGAUUUAUGGCUCAGAGAGAGAACUAGAAAGUCUUCCCCACCAGUCUCUAGUGCAAGCAACCAAUGUGCAUUUUGGUGCAAGACCUGAUCUCAAGAAAAUUCUUUUUGAGUGCAAAGACAAAGACAUUGGAGUCUUGGUUUCUGGGCCAAGGAGCAUGAGACAUGAAGUUGGCAAAAUCUGUGCUUCCGGUCUAGCUGAUAAUCUUCACUUUGAAUCAUUCAGCUUUACAUGGUGAUGUGUAUCAAUAUGGCUGUUUAUAUGUUUUACAUUUUCUGAUUGGUCUGUUGUUAAAUAAAUUGUGAAUAAUAUUUAUUGUUUAGUGUAAGCCCGUUUGUGUGUGUUUGUGAGUGGGCGUCAUGUGUAAUAUUGAGUGGAAGUCAUGAAACAAAUAAACUUGCAAAAAGUAUAUACUGUAUCUUUUUUCUGUUCUGUAUGUACAUAUAUAAGUAUGUUUUAAAAAGUUGUUCAACAAUGAUGCAAAAA